GCCACUCCUGGGGGGGGACACGCAGAUGUGAGCGACGCGCGCGGACACGACUCAGGUGCGAGAGAGACCAAACUGGCGGCGCACUUAGGAUGCAGAAGUCACCUGUGGAAGAUGCAAACUUCCUCUCCAAGUUCUUCUUCUGGUGGAUGACACCGCUGCUGAGGAAGGGCUUCAGAAAGAAGUUGCAGCUGACAGAUGUGUACAAGGCUCCGUCGUUUGAUCUGGCAGACAACCUCUCCGAGAGACUCGAAAGAGAAUGGGACAGGGAGGUGGUGUCAGCCAAGAACAAGCCCAGGCUGAUUCGAGCGCUGGCCCGCUGCUUCUUUGGCCCUUUCGCUUUCUUCGGUGUCCUCCUCUAUCUCGGGGAGGCUUCCAAGACGGUGCAGCCUCAGCUGCUGGGUCGUAUCAUUGCUUCCUUUGACCCGUUCCAUGCCCCCGAGCGGAGCCAGGGGUACUUCCUGGCCCUGGGCCUGUGUCUCCUCUUCACUGCCCGCUUCCUCCUGCUGCAGCCUGCCAUCUUUGGCCUGCAUCACCUGGGUAUGCAGAUCCGCAUCGCCCUCUUCAGCCUUCUAUACAAGAAGACCCUAAAGUUAUCCAGCCGUGUCUUGGACAAGAUCAGUACAGGUCAGCUGGUCAGUCUGAUGUCCGCCCACCUCAACAAGCUGGAUGAGAGCCUGGGUCUGGCCCACUUUGUGUGGAUCACCCCGCUGCAGUGUAUCCUGUGUGUGGGUCUGAUAUGGGAGCUGAUCGAGGUGAAUGGCUUCUGCGCCCUGGCAGCUCUGACCCUGCUGGGCAUCAUCCAGGCAUGGCUCUCGCAGAAGAUGGGACCUCACCGGGCGAAGCGAGCAGGGAUGAUCAGCCGCCGCCUGGCUCUCACCUCUGAGAUUGUGGAGAACAUCCACUCAGUGAAGGCGUACGGCUGGGAGGAGGUGAUGGAGACCAUCAUCAAGAACAUCCGGCAGGAUGAAAUGACUCUGACGAGGAAGAUUGGUUCACUGCGUUACUUCUACAGCGCCUCAUACUUCUUCUCCGCCAUCUUGGUUAUCGUGUCAGCCAUUGUGCCUCACGCACUCAGUAAAGGCAUCAUCCUGCGUCGCAUCUUCACCACAGCGUCCUACUGCAUGGUUCUGAGAAUGACGCUGACCCGCCAGCUGCCGGGAUCCAUCCAGAUGUGGUACGACACGCUGGCACUGAUCAGGAAAAUCGAGGAAUUCUUAAUGAAGGAAGAAUACAGAGUGCUGGAGUACAACCUUACCACCAGUGAACUGGAACUGGUCAACGUGUCUGCAUCAUGGGAUGAGGGCAUCGGUGAACUGUUUGAGAAGAUCAAGCAGGAGAGUAAAGCAAAUGGACACCUGAACGGUGAUGCCGGCCUCUUCUUCACCAACCUCUACGUCACACCUGUCCUCAAAAACAUCAGCCUGUACCUGGAGAAGGGCAAGAUGCUGGCAGUGGCUGGAUCCACUGGCUCAGGAAAGAGUUCCCUGCUCAUGAUGAUCCUUGGAGAGUUGGUGCCGUCAGAGGGUAAAAUCAGACACAGUGGUCGCAUCUCCUUCUCACCACAGACUUCCUGGAUCAUGCCAGGAACAAUCCGUGACAACAUCCUGUUUGGCCUGACCUACGACGAGUACCGCUACACCUCCAUCAUUAAGGCCUGCCAGCUGGAAGAGGACUUUGCCUUGUUGCCUGAGAAAGACAAGACGCUCCUCGUGGAGGGCGGGGUAACCCUCAGCGGAGGUCAAAGGGCUCGUCUCGGCCUGGCCAGAGCUGUGUACAAAGAUGCCGACCUCUACCUGCUGGAUGCACCUUUCACCCACCUGGACAUCGUGACAGAGAAAGAGAUCUUUGAGAAAUGCAUCUGUAAACUUAUGGCCUCCAAGUCUCGCAUCGUGGUCACCAGCAAGUUGGAGCAUCUAAAACGAGCAGACAAAAUCCUCCUGCUGCACAAUGGUGACUGCUACUUCUACGGCACCUUCUCAGAGCUGCAGGCCCAGCGCCCAGACUUCAGCUCCCUCCUCCUCGGCCUUGAAGCUUACGACAACAUGAACGCAGACCGGCGCAGCUCCAUUCUCACAGAAACUCUCCGCAGGGUCUCCAUCGACGAAACCGCCGGCUUCCGAGGUCCAGAGCCAAUUCGACAGUCGUUCCGCCAGCCGCCGCCUCCAAUUUCUGGAUCUCAAGGACAUCCUGUCGGUGAUGGCUACCCAGAAAAACGCAAACAGUCGCUCAUCCUUAGCCCACUGGCAGCUGCCCGCAAGUUCUCCUUCAUUGGGAACUCCCAACAGACUUUAAAUACACCACAGUCCACGACAAUAGAGGACGGGGUUCGAGAAUUUUCAGAGAGGAAAUUCUCUGUCGUGCCCGAGGAUGAUCAAGUAGAGGAGGUGCUCCCUCGGGGUAACAUGUACCACCAUGGGUUGCAGCACCUCAACGGUCAGAGGCGCCAGUCUGUCCUGGCAUUCAUCACCAAUGCACAGGGUCAAGAGCGGAGAGAGCAGAUUCAGUCGUCCUUCAGAAGAAAGCUGUCCAUAACACCGCAGUGCGAUCUGGCAUCUGAGCUGGACAUUUACGCCCGCCGCUUAUCCAAGGACAGCGUUUAUGACAUUAGUGAGGAAGUGGAUGAAGAAGACAUGGAGCAAUGCUUCGCAGAUGAACGUGAGAACAUCUUUGAAACUACCUCAUGGAGCACUUACCUACGCUACAUCACCGCCAAUAAGAGCUUAGUCUACGUCCUCAUCUUCAUCGUCUUUGUCUUCGUGAUUGAGGUUGCUGGUUCAGUCAUUGGUAUUUUCCUCAUUACUGAGAAGAUCCACAGGGACAGCGCCAACCCGUCCUCACCCAACUACAUCAGUGAGCAGCACCCCAACGCCUCGUCGCCCCCCGUCCACCUGGCGGUCAUCUACACACCCACCAGUGCUUACUACAUCAUCUACAUCUAUGUGGCCACAUCGGAGAGUGUGCUGGCCUUGGGAUUCUUCAGGGGUCUCCCAUUAGUGCACACGUUACUCACCGUGUCCAAAAGACUGCACGAACAGAUGUUUAGCGCUGUGCUGCGAGCCCCCAUGGCUGUUCUCAACACUAUGAAGACAGGCCGAAUCAUGAACAGAUUCACCAAGGACAUGGCCACCAUAGAUGACAUGCUGCCCCUGGUGCUCUUCGACCUCAUACAGCUGACAUUGAUUGUUACGGGUGCCAUCUUCACUGUGGCCAUCAUGCGGCCGUACAUCUUUAUCGCUGCCAUCCCAUUGGCUGUCAUUUUUGUUAUCCUUAGGAAGUACUUCCUACGAACUGGACAGCAACUCAAACUACUGGAGGCUGAAGCUCGUAGCCCCAUCUUCUCCCACCUCAUCAUCUCACUGAAGGGCUUAUGGACAAUUCGGGCGUUCGGGCGUCAAACCUACUUCGAAACGCUGUUCCACAAGGCGCUGAACACUCACACAGCCACCUGGUUCCACUACCUGGCAACGCUGCGAUGGUUCCUUUUCCGCUGCGACAUUAUCUUCGUCCUGUUCUUCAGUGCGGCUGCCUUCAUCGCUGUGGGAACCAACCAAGAUAAACCAGGGGAGAUUGGCAUCAUUGUGGCCCUGGCGAUGCUCAUCCUUGGGACUUUCCAAUGGGCUGUCAUCACCAGCAUCACUGUAGAUGGAUUGAUGCGCUCGGUGGACCGGGUGUUCAGAUUCAUCGACCUGCCGUCAGAAGAGCUGCUCCCUGGAAAGUCUGGUGGUAAAGGGGGCCCUGAUCUCAUCAUCGACAACCCCCACGCUCUGGACUGCUGGCCCAACCGCGGCCAGAUGGACGUCCAGGGCCUCACUGCCAAAUACACUGAGGCCGGACGCACCAUCCUCAACGACAUCUCCUUCUCUGUGGACGGGGGUCAGAGCGUGGGGCUGCUGGGUCGCACCGGGUCGGGGAAGAGCACCCUGCUGUCCGCGCUGCUGCGUCUUGCCUCCACCGAAGGAGAAAUCUCCAUCGACGGCGUGUCCUGGAGCUCCGUCUCCCUGCACACCUGGAGGAAGGCCUUUGGCGUGGUGCCCCAGAAAGUCUUUAUUCUGACCGGAACCUUCCGGAUGAACCUGGACCCACACGGGCGCCACAGCGACGAGGAGCUGUGGAGGGUGGCGGAGGAGGUGGGUCUCAAGUCGGUGAUCGAGCAGUUUCCAGACAAGCUGGACUUUCAACUGGAGGACGGAGGUAAUGUGUUGAGCAACGGACACAAACAGCUGCUUUGUCUCGCACGCUCCAUCCUUAGCAAGGCCCGCAUCCUGCUGCUGGACGAGCCCUCCGCCUACCUCGACCCCAUAACGUUACAGGUCCUGAGGAAGACACUGAAGCAGGCAUUCUCCGGCUGUACCGUCAUCCUCUCAGAGCACAGAGUGGAGCCGCUGCUGGAAUGUCAGUCGUUCCUGAUGAUCGAGGGCAGCUCCAUGAAAACCUACGACUCCAUCCAGAAACUCCUGAACGAGACGAGUCACAUGAAACAGGCCAUGAGCCCCGCCGACCGGCUCCGCCUCUUCCCCACGCUGCACCGCCUCAACUCCAGCAAGAGGGCGGCGCCGCAGAACACCAAGAUCUCGUCCCUGCCGGAGGAGGCCGAGGACGAAGUCCAGGACACCCGUCUCUAACCGGCCAGAUAUAUAAAUACACACACAUUUGAGUCAAAAUAGCAAAUAGUUAAUAUUUUUGAGCCAUUAUUCUCCAAAUUACCUGUGAAACGGCAUCUUAGUCAUGAUGGGACAGUAAAACUAAACUGAACCCAGAUAGAAGGAAACUCAAUUUACAUCAGAUCCUCGUCGAGUUACAUGAAAAAUGUAAUCUGUAGAAAAAUUCAUUUACAAAUCCAAAAUUGGAUUAAUUUAGAUGGAUAAAACUGAUAAUUAGGACACUUCUAAAAUACUACUGUUACAGAACGAGGAUCAUUUAUUGACAUAAUUUUACAAAUGGUAGCAGAAGUUUUGAACACAAAUACAUAUCUGUAAUAGUCUGAAUGUCUGCUCACAGCUGUGUGUUUAAUCUUAGAUAUGAAUCAGGUGUAAUGGACGACAGAAAUCUAACUUCAUAUUUAUUCACAGAACAGUUCUGUGUGACUUUGACCAACGAGCUGGAUGCUGCAAGUCGAGACUAUACACAUUUGUUUCAAUGUGGAAAUGAGGUUGUGUGACAGCUGCUGAAAGUGCAGCAGCUGAUGGUGUGAAUCUGUAACUAAAGUAGAAAAAUAGUGUUGAAACAUUGCGCGCGCGUGCUGCAGGGAGAGCUCUGGACCAGACGGCGUUUGAUUCCCCCGAUGCGCGGAAGAUAAAAUCCUCCAUGUACAGGGAACAGACAGUCGUAACACGUCAGUUGUGCUCACGACAACACACUCAGCCUGACUAACUGGACGCUCUGUAGUUAGACUAGUUCAAGUGCCUUUGCGGGUUUGUUCUGUCUGGGGCCAAAAACAUGAAUCUGCUCAAAGCAUGAACAGCAUCAUAGUUAGGUUUUUUGGGGGGGGUUUUUGCAUAAUUGUUUAAAAACAUGUUUCCUUGGUUAGGGUUAGGAUGACUAAGAGAGCAGUUUCCUUUCUUUCCCUGGAGUCUGACCUGACAAAGCGGCAGCCACUGUACAAGUCUGAUGUCUUGAAUGAGGCAGAUUGAAGCCUUCCGCCUUUGUACAAUUAAAUAGUAAAUUUACUGUAUUUAAAUAGAGCUUUCCUAAUCGACCACUUAAUGUCACAUUCACCCAUUGAGCUUUUUCUGUCACAUUCAUUCAGGGUUGAGUGUCUUGCCCACGGACACAUCCGCAUUGGGACUGGGGCAAAGCAGGGAUCGAUGACUGACUCCACUCUCGAUUCUGUGCUUGUGAUGAGUCAAUGUCGCCUUUUUCUGAGCUGUUACAAUCAGCUUCAGGUAGCCAACAGGAAAUAACAACAACAUAAAAAUGUUGGUGACUCCUCUGCUCAAUUUGAAGCCACGUUGAUACACAGGCCGCUGAAUCUGAGCCCUUAUCGUCAGUCGGAUGAGUCACUGCACAGGGAGCACUUUUCAAGGGUUUCUAUUGUCCGUCACUCAUUCCUCUCGUUCAACAGAUGCGUUUCCCUUUCAUUAUAUUUUAUUUUGUAACACAAAACUGUAGGAAUACUGAAGUCCGCUGCCCCCGUUCUUUAUUCCUGCUAUAACCACAAAGUGCUGCUGCUGAGUUGUGAGUCCGUUGUUCUGCAGGAUUGAGACUUGUACAGUGGCUUCGUUUGGAUUGUCUGAGUAUUCACUGUCUUUCAAGUCGGUCUGCCCCCGCAGUAAAUUCACUGCCGUCAGCGCGCGCGCUGUUGGCUGAUGCCACUAGCGAGUGAUGACUCAGAUACCCUUAUUUUUCUAUCUGUAUGCACUUUAGAGACACCCCGAGGUACUCGUCACCUUCCAACUGUCAAACGAAUAAAUGUCGUACACCACCGCCAAGUAGAAUUGUUGCUUUGAAAACAAAUGAUGCUUCUUACUUUAAUUGUUCAACAUCUACUACUUGAUGAAUUGAUCGCCAGCAAUUCAUCAAAAAAAUCAGUUUGAAGUCGUUCUGUUGUUUCAGAGCUGCUGCUGUACAAACAAAACACUUAGCUGGAAACUGGAAUUCAUUGUGACUCUUCCAACAUCAUGUUAGUCUUCUCUGGUUGAGGGAAGAUGCUGUUGCUCCUUUCAUACUGAAUAAUAGUUUUCUAUGGCAGUGAUGCAGAAAAUGAAGGUACCGUGGAGAAAUGCCUUGAUAUGUUAACUGUGACAGUUAUGAUAUUUUUACAGUGUAAUUUAAGAACAAAGCUGAUUCUUACACAUAGGAAAAAGGACGCGGAUGUCCAAAAAAUGUAUAAAUGUAUUUGUUCAAUCAACUAUAUUUCCAGUAAAACUUAAAGAUUUUGAGAAUUUGA